UUUUAUUAAAAUGUUGCAGACAAAGUUGUUCAACUGAGAAUCAACAUGGAAACAUGUUGCUGCUCUGUUUCUUCUUCUUUUCGUUAUUUAUUGAUGAAAACAGAGAAACUUCCUCCUGUCGGUUCAGAGUAACUCAUGUCCGCAGCUUCCGUGUUCGUCCCAUGGGACCUGAAGCCCCUUCAGCACAGAGCACAGGUCUCCACCUCCACACACGCGGAGUCAGUCUGACCGGUGUGAUGGGGUCUCACAGAGGGGGGGUACAGGUCCCGUAUUCAGAGGAUUAUUCCACACUGGUCUGUGCUGUUCUGAUGCUGAGUGAAGUCAGACCCUCCGGAAAAUACCGACGGAGGCGGACGGAACGAUCCGGAUUAUCGCGCUCUGAGAGCGGAGAGGAGUCCGGCUGCAGCCCGGCGGAGAGAGAGACCAGACGGCUGUCAGAGAGCAGAGAGCGCGGUCAGAGACCUAGAGAGGUGACAGUGAGGCCUGGAGAGGACGUAACACUUCAGUGUCAGGGUCCCAGAGACUCCACCAUCACACUGUUAGAGUGGAUCAGACCUGACCUGAAGUCAGACGGUUACGUCUUCUUCUACCGCAACGACCGUCCUUAUGAAAACUACCAGCAUCCGUCUUUCCGUGGUCGAGUGAAGCUGAGAGAUAAAUCCCUCUUGAAGGACGGAGACAUGUCUGUGAUUCUGAAGAACGUCACUGACCAGGACUCUGGAGCGUACGAGUGUCGAAUUAUCAGCAGCGCAAUGGAGGGAAAUGAGAGAACGUACAAAGAGGUCAGGGACCUCAUCAACCUAACAGUUACACACUCAGGUCAGUUGGUAGAGUCCAGACUCAGGUGAAAACGUGGUGACUGGAGCAGACACUGACAAACUGAUCACAGACAGAGGGAAUGAAGGAGGACCUUCUAUGCAGAUAGUGGGUGUGACAGUUGGUGUGUUCGUUGUUGCUGGUAUUGUUGGUGUUGGUUAUAUGAUCUGUAGAAAACGUAAAGAAAACAGAGAGCCGUCAUAUGGCGGCGUCAUGGCAUGAAAUGUUGACAGUAACGCUGAUGAUGGUGAAAUCUUUGGAACAGUCUCUCAGCUCAUCCUCCGUCUGAGCCUUUAUUUUGGAGGAAGGUUUGUGUUUUAUAGAUCUGUACCUGCUCUUUGCAUUGAUGUGGUUGACUGCAAAGUUUCCUCCAUUUUAAACCAGAGAGAAUCAGCUGGGCAGGACAGAAUCUGUGACCAAAUUAUAUGGACAUGUGCAAUGUAUAACAACCCUCAGCACUUUCACUUCUAUUCAGUGGAGUAACUUUCAUUUUCUGUUACUAACUUUAAUGUAACUAUGCUAAACUGUAUAAUAAUUUAUCAUAAAAUAAGGUCACGUCAAAUAUAAAAUCAAAACACUAGAAAUUAACUUCAAAAUCUAAAUCAAGUCCUGUGAAAUCCUGUGUUACAUUUUUCCAAGUUGCAUUUCAAAUCAUAACCCAGGGAGAACUUUAAAAGGUUAAACCACUGUGUUAGAAGAGCUUCUCACUGUUCAGGGAUCAGCUGAUGUUUUUAAUGUGUUUAUUUCCUGUACAUAAUACAUUUCUAUUUCACUGUUUGUCCUGUGUGUACAGAUUGUGUUGUUAAUUUUUUGUCUUUAUGGAUUAAAUCACUCUGUUCUGCUUUCAUUAAUAAAUUUUAGUUUUCAA